AUGAGCACGCCCCGCCAAAUUGUCUCCGGCGAGAUGCCUUCGUUCCUCUCCUCCGCAGUGCCGUCCUACUCGGCUCGGUCACGAUCGUUGGCCCUGCCAUCCCCGUCGAGACGAGGUUCGGCGAUUGCGACGGCCAUCGGCCUGCGCAAGAAGAGCGAAAUUGAUAUCGUCCUCGAUGGCGAGGCCGACUUUGUCCACUCCUACUCCACAUACGACGAGAUCAAGGGUCGCGUGGAUGUCAGGUUCGAGAAGGACACGUCCUUCGACGACCUCAAUAUCACGUUCGAGGGCCGAAGUUGCACAUACGUCGAGAAGAUCGCAACCACUGCCCCCACAACGGGUCGCACGACAGGGAGGCACACAUUCUUGAAAGUGCAGCAGCCAAUCCCCGAUCACCUCUUGCCUGAAAAUGGCACCUUCGAGGCUGGCGUCACCUAUUCCAUCCCCUUCACCUUUGUUGUCCCCGACAGAUUGCUCCCGUUCAUCUGCUCGCAUAAGGCCGACAAUGAAGAGAUCCGGAAACAACAUAUCCAGCUGCCUCCAAGCCUGGGCGAUCCCAGCGUCUCGGGAGACGGCCGUACACUCAUGGAUGACCUUGCACCGGAUAUGUCCAAGAUCACCUACAGGAUUCGAGCUAGAAUCACAAAGUGGAAUGCCGUUGGCAAACUGCUGGAAUUGGCCGACAAGGCCGAGCGCGUCAGGCUGGUCCCCGCGAAGGAAGAGGCUCCACCGUUGAAUAUUGACGAGGCCGAAUCAGACCAUGUCAUGCGCAAGGAGAAGAGUGUCAGAAAAGGUCUCUUCAAGAUGGGCAAGGUGGGCCGUCUGACGGCUGAGACCACUCAGCCCAGAAGCCUCCGUCUUCCCCAUCCGCAGAAGCGGCUGACAGAGCCUAUCUCGUCCAUGGCGACCAUCAACUUGCGCUUCGAUCCUGCCUCCCCUGACGACCUCCCUCCGCAGCUGGACUCCAUCGCUAGCAAACUGAAGGUCUACACGUUUUUUGGCGCCGCCCCGUAUAAACUCAUCCCAGAUGUUCGUAAGCAUGACAACUGGUCUGUCCUGCACGGUAUCUACCCAGAAAGCGUCUCCUUAUCAUCGCGAAUUCUGUCGACUGUCUCCUGGGUUCGCCACGAUCCGACAGAGCGUGGAAGCUUCUCUUCGGAUCUCUCCAGACGACCGUCGGGGUAUUCGACGACAUCGACGACAUCGAUACCUGAACCGUCGUGCACCUAUGAAGUGGGCUCCCCUUUUUACACCGCCAGUCUCCCGGUGCCGAUUGCCCUUCCGAGUCCAUCCAGCAGCGGCCGACCGAGAGUGUUUGUGCCGACAUUCCAUUCUUGUAUCGUCUCAAGAACUUAUUCUGUUGAACUGAAUAUCUCAUUCCGUUCCCCAGGUUCCAAUGUCUCAAGCAGCCACAUUACCCUCAAGACGCCCAUCCAGGUCUCCGCCGAAGGGGGCACUCCGCCGGCUCAGGUCCAUGAAACUGAAGCAGCGAUCGCCGCAGAGAUCGAACAGCAGUUUGGCCUAUACGAAGCUCGCCAGCUAGAAGAAGCCGGAUUAGGUCUCGAGAGUCCGAGGUACGAGGAGCCUUCCCCGGCGACUCUUGUCCCGGGCACCAGACAUUUAAGUCUUGCGGACCAUGUCGGGGUGGUGCCGUCAUCGUCGUUUACAACACCAGUACUCCACUCGGGCGUAGACACCGGCGCACCACCCGAAUACCGGGCCGGGUCUGGCUUCCACACGUACAGCGCCAGGGACAGGCCGGGAGGACCGAGAACCCAAGCUGUGAGUCUCACUGCUUCCAAAGCAUAG